GGUCUUAAUCUUAUCUCUAUCCUUUCAACUCACUUUCUCUUUGUUUCAUUUUCCAACCAAACUUUUAGUGGCAAAUGGAGGUUCUUUCGCAGCGAUCAUCACCGUCAACUCUGGAUCCCCACGCUCCAUUGUUCGUUCCCUUGGCAUAUCGGACGGUCGAGGAUUUCUCUGAUCAAUGGUGGGCCCUUGUCCAGUCGUCCCCUUGUUUCCGCGACUACUGGCUACAAGAACGCUUCCACGAUCCCCAAAACGACGACGACCGUCUCUUCCCCGACGACCUCGAUGCUAUCUUUGACGAAUACGACGAAGUUAUGUCCGACCCCCGACUGGAGGAAAAGGAGGGAGAUUGUCAGAAGGAAUUGGUACCUAUUGGGGCAUUGAAGUGGCGAAAGGGCCGAGUUGUGACUAAGUUGCCAAGGUUUCUUGAGAAAGCACCAAAGAUUGUGAGUGUGAAAGUGAGUCCAAGGACGAUUCACCAACCAAGGUAGAUCGACUCGUGCUGAGUUAAGAUGGGAGAUCUCCUCUGGCCAGAAACGGUCACUUUUAAGGCGUAACUGCUUUUUUUUUUCUUCUUUUCAAUUUGUAAUAUUUUGUGUACAGAGAUCUCUCCCCUGCCUUUAGAUCGCGGUUUGUAACUUUUUUUAUUCGGUAAUAAAGGAAAUUAACCUUUCUCCAAAGUAUUUAUA